CCCUUCAAGUGUAGUGUGUGUGGGGUGGCAUUUUCACAGUCAAAUAAUCUUAAAAGAUACCAGAGAACACACACAGGAGAGGAACCGUUCAAGUGUACUCUGUGCGGGAAGGCAUUUGCACAGUCAUCUUCUCUUAAAAAACACCAGAGAAUACACACGGGAGAGAAACCCUUCAAGUGCAGUGUGUGUGGGAAGGCACUUUCACAGUCAUCUGUUCUUAAAAGACACCAGAGAACACACACAGGAGAGAAACCUUUCAAGUGUACUCUGUGCGGGAAGGCGUUUUCUUUUUUACAUCAUCUCAUAAGACACCAGAGAACACACACGGGAGAGAAACCCUUCAAGUGCAGUGUGUGUGGGAAGGCAUUUGCACAUUCAUCUACUCUUGUAACACACCAAAGAACACACACGGGAGAGAAACCCUUCAAGUGCACUGUGUGUGGGAAGGCAUUUUCACAGUCAUCUUCUCUUAUAAAACACCAGAGAACACACACGGGAGAGAAACCCUUCAAGUGCACUGUGUGUGGGAAGGCACUUUCACGGUCAUCAGAUCUUAAAAGACACCAGAGAACACACACGGGAGAGAAACCCUUCAAGUGCAUUCUGUGCGGGAAGGCGUUUUCAGAUUCUUCCAAUCUUCAAGUACACCAGAGAAGACACAAAACACACACAGGAGAGAAACCCUUCAAGUGCACUGUGUGUGGGAAGGCAUUUCCACUGUCAUCUGUUCUUAAAAAACACCAGAGAACACACACGGGAGAGAAACCCUUCAAGUGCAGUGUGUGUAGCAUGGCAUUUUCACAGUCGUAUCAUCUUGAAAAUCACAAGAGAACACACACAGGAGAGAAACCCUUCAGGUGCUUUCUGUGCGGGAAAACGUUUGCAAAGUCACAAACUCUUCAAAGACACCAGAGAACACACACGGGAGAGAAACCCUUCAAGUGCAGUGUGUGUGGGAAGGCAUUUUCACAGUCACAUAAUAUUGUAAUACACCAGAGAACACACACUGGAGUGAAACCUUUCAGGUGCACGAUUUGCGGGAAGGCGUUUGCACAAGCAUCCGUUGUUCAGGCCCACCAGAGAACACACACAGGAGAGAAACCCUUCAAGUGCACUGUGUGUGGGAAGGCAUUUUGUCAGUCAUCUACUCUUAAAAAUCAUCAGAGAACACACACAGGAGAGAAACUCUUCAAUUGCACUGUGUGUAGCAAGGCAUUUUCACAGUCAUCUGCUCUUAAAAAUCACCAGAGAACACACACAGGAGAGAAGCCCUUCAGGUGCUUUCUUUGCGAUUCUUACUUCCACGCGUACGCGUUUUAG